UGGAAUUUGGGGCAGUGUCUCGCGAGAGCCCGUGCUGCGGGCUCUAGGAGACCCCGUGUGUUUGUGUGUGUGUAUGUGUGUUGGUGAAUGUGAGUACGGGGAAGCAGCGGCCGCCAUUUCAGGGAGCUUGCCGACGCUGUCGCAGGGGUGGAUCCUGAGCUGCCGAAGCCGCCGACCUGCUCUCCCGCGCGGGCUCAUCUAAUCCCAUUGUUUCUUUUAGAUUCGCUCGGGCCUAGCCGCCCUUGGAGCCCGAUAUUCGGGCUGGGCGGUACCGCGGCCUGGGCCUAGGGGCUUAACAGUAGCAACAGCGGCGGCGGCCACGGUAGCAGCUGCAGUCGUCGCCGUCUUUUCCUGAGUACGAGCACCACAGGCGCCCGAAAGCCCGCACAGGCGUUUAGAGAAAAUGGCAGACGAUAUUGAUAUUGAAGCAAUGCUUGAGGCUCCUUAUAAGAAGGAUGAGAACAAGUUGAGCAGUGCUAAUGGCCAUGAAGAACGUAGCAAAAAGAGGAAAAAAAGCAAGAGCAGAAGUCGUAGUCAUGAACGAAAGAGAAGCAAAAGUAAGGAACGGAAGCGAAGUAGAGAUAGAGAAAGGAAAAAGCAAGACCCUAAACCUGUAACUAGUGUAAUUUUUUGUUUCCUUUUUAGCUCCGGACCAAAAUUUAACAGUGCCAUCCGAGGAAAGAUUGGGUUGCCUCAUAGCAUCAAAUUAAGCAGACGACGUUCUCGAAGCAAAAGUCCAUUCAGAAAAGACAAGAGCCCUGUGAGGGAACCUAUUGAUAAUCUAACUCCUGAGGAAAGAGAUGCAAGAACAGUUUUCUGCAUGCAGCUGGCAGCAAGAAUUCGACCAAGGGAUUUGGAAGAGUUUUUCUCUACAGUUGGAAAGGUUCGAGAUGUGAGGAUGAUUUCUGAUCGAAAUUCAAGACGUUCCAAAGGAAUUGCUUAUGUGGAGUUUGUUGAUGUUAGCUCAGUGCCUCUAGCAAUAGGAUUAACUGGCCAACGAGUUUUAGGAGUGCCAAUCAUAGUACAGGCAUCGCAGGUAAUUUUUUCAUGGUUAAUAAUAUUGAUUGGGGCCUGGGUACAGUGGCUCAUGCCUAUCGAAAGUAUCCAGCUUAUGAUGGACAGUGAAACAGGUCGAUCUAAAGGAUACGGAUUUAUUACAUUUUCAGACUCAGAAUGUGCCAAAAAGGCUUUGGAACAACUUAAUGGAUUCGAAUUAGCCGGAAGGCCAAUGAAAGUUGGUCAUGUUACUGAACGUACUGAUGCUUCUAGUGCUAGUUCAUUUUUGGACAGCGAUGAAUUAGAAAGGACUGGAAUUGACCUGGGAACAACUGGUCGUCUUCAAUUAAUGGCAAGACUUGCAGAGGGUACAGGUUUGCAGAUUCCACCAGCAGCACAGCAGGCUCUACAAAUGAGUGGCUCUUUGGCAUUUGGUGCUGUGGCAGAUUUGCAAACAAGACUUUCCCAACAGACCGAAGCUUCAGCUUUAGCUGCAGCUGCCUCUGUCCAGCCACUUGCUACACAAUGUUUCCAGCUUUCUAAUAUGUUUAACCCUCAAACAGAAGAAGAAGUUGGAUGGGAUACAGAGAUUAAAGAUGAUGUGAUUGAAGAAUGUAAUAAACAUGGAGGUGUUAUUCAUAUUUAUGUUGACAAAAAUUCAGCUCAGGGCAAUGUGUAUGUGAAGUGCCCAUCAAUUGCUGCAGCUAUUGCUGCUGUCAAUGCAUUGCAUGGCAGGUGGUUUGCUGGUAAAAUGAUAACAGCAGCAUAUGUACCUCUUCCAACUUACCACAACCUCUUUCCUGAUUCCAUGACAGCUACACAACUACUGGUUCCAAGUAGACGAUGAAUGAAGAUACAGUCCCUUAUGUACAUAGCUUUUUUUCUUUCUUGAGAAUUCAUCUUGAGUUAUCUUUUAUUUAGAUAAAAAUAAAAAGGCAAGGGUCUACUGUCAUUUGUAUACAAUUCCUGUUACCUUGAAAAAAUAAAAAUGUUAACAGGAAUGCAGUGUGCUCAUUCUCCCUAACUAGCAAAUCCCACUGUAUACAAAGCUGUUCUCUUGUUCUGCCUUUUAAAAUGUUCAUGUAGAAAAUUACAUUAGGGACCUAUAGGAAUAGCUGUAGGGGAACAAAUGUGCUUUCUGUAAAAAGGCAGACCAGGGGUGUAAUGAUGUUUUUAAAUGUUUAACUUUUUACACAGCAGUUACAUUUCACAUUUCACUAAUGUUGAUAUUUGGCUAAUGGCUUAGCAGAGGUUUCUGCAAUACACAUUUAGUGUAUGACAAUUCAAGACAGCUAAAGGGCUGUUUGUUUAGCAUCUCAUCUUGCAUUUUGAUCAAUUGGCAAGAAAGGGAGAUCUCAAAAUUAAAAUAUUUCUUGAUGGUAUCUUUUCAAUUAAUGUAUCUUUAAAAGUUUCUUUGUAAAUAGUACGCAUUCUGGUGUGUCUUAAGAUUCCAAACAAAAUGAUCCCUGCAUUUCCUGAACAUGUUUAGUGACAGUCUGGUAAGCAAAACAGUCUGAGCGAAAAGUAGGAAAUGCAGAAAUAGGUUUUGUCUGGUUGCAUAUAAUCUUUGCUCUUUUUAAGCUCUGUGAGCUCUGAAAUAUAUUUUUGGGUUACUUCAGUGUGUUUGACAAGACAGCUUGAUAUUUCUAUCAAACAAAAUGACUUUCAUAUUGCAACAAUCUUUGUAAGAACCACUCAAAUAAAAUUCUCUUAAAAAGCCCA